GCUGCCUCUUCGGCUUUGAAACGGAGAUGAGUACUUUUACCUUUAAAGGAGAAUAUUUGUAGUUUAGGGUUAAGAGGAGGAGUCCUUACCAAUUUUGGGUAAUGAAAUGUCGGCAAGGAUACAACCAAGCUCAGAGGGCAAUAAGGACUCCUCAUUUCAACUCCAAGCUACAAAUAUUCUACUUUAUUGCUUUAUUCUGUCUGGUAGCAUAGUUUGGGAUCUUGACUGAGAAAUGUCCUUUAAAAAAAAAAAAAAAAGUCAACACUGAAUAAGAAUAUGGAACACAAUUUAUCGGCCCACAGUAAUUUUACAUUCCUGAUUCCGUUUUAGGAUGCUCAUAUACUUUUUCUUGCAAAUCAUCAAUGGACGAAAAACAAUGGUUAAACUGCUUGAAGAGCAAAUUGCUAAUGCAGGCAAAGAUAAAAUUUUUCUACUGAAGAAAUUACAUGAGCUUCAAGCUUCUAAGUUUCCAAGGCAACAGGAGAGGGACUUGUCUCUGAGGCAGCUACCUAAGGAGGAAAGCUCUGUUUUGCUGCCCAGCCACGUGGAUCCCUUUCUAUGGACUGAAGAUGGAGAGUCUUCUACGGAGGGGCUGGCGAAAUAACCCAGAAUGCUGGCGCAUCUGAUGCUCUGGCUUUAGCUUUGAGAGCCAGGCAAGAGGCUGAAUGGGAAAUGGAAGAUGAAGAACGCUUGAAGUGGAAGUGAAGAAUGAAGUGAUACACAGAUCCCACCAAGCACUUUUUGUCUAGAACUUUGCUAUUUGCACAAAUAAGGUAUUUGUAGGAACCGACAGAACUCUUCUAAAAAUGAGAAAUUUUUAAUAAAAUUACUGGGCACUUUUACAUUUGAUGAGGUUUUACUUUAUUACGACUUCAGAAAAUGAAGGCACCGAACUAUUCCUUAUGACAAGAAUCUCUCUCUUCAGACCUCACCAAAACUUAUUGUGCAUUUGAGGAAACAGGCUACAUUAAUUCAUUUUAUCAUGGAAAUCUGAUAGUAGGGUAAUAUAACCACCAGGAACAAUUCCUUAAACAUCAUUAUUUUCCCUCCACAUUUCUUUGUUUGUCAGGAUUUUUAUUUUACAGAAAUUAUACAGAGAUUUGUACAGUACAGAGAAUAAUAAAGGAAACGUUGAUUUAAAAAGAAAAGAAAACAAGUAUAGCAGCAUGGUGAAAAAAGGCAGAAAGAAAUUUACAGCUCAUAUCAGUUUAAACAGUGGUUGGUGAAGCAUGGGGGGAACUGAAUAUUGGAAUGAUGAUAACCACAAGUAUAUAUUUUGCUUGACUUAGCAGCUGCACUUUAAAUCAAUUGAUAAAUAACCUUUUAUUUGAGAUCAAAAUGAAUGGCAGUUGCUAAGUGCCCGUUUCUGCUUCACCCAAAUAAUCCAAGUGAGAGAUUGCUUAAGAAAUUUUGUAAGAAAUAUCAAGAAUUUUAUUUGUGCUUGACGGCAAAAGUUUAAGGCAGCAGUUUUUGCACUAGUGUAACAUUUUAGUAUCACAUUUUCAGAUGACACAUAACCAGAAUACGUGAGAUAAUUUAUCCCCCGUUUUCCUUUUUUUCCUAGUAGUGGUUUCCAUUACAGCAGUUAUCCAAAAUGUUGUUUUAAAAAAAACCUUUAUUGCUGUAAUCUUUUAACACGGUGAUGUUUUACGGGGUGACAUUUUCAAUCCUGAUGGAAACAAUCCUUACAAAUAAUUGGCAUUCUUUCGAUUUGGGGCAAAUCUCAAUUCUGGAAAGACCUGACUGAAGAAAAACGCAGUCCAAAGAACUGUUUCAGGUGUCUGUGAACAGAUGCAAUGUAAACGUUUCUUUCAAGUUAGAAAUGCAAGCUUCAACAAAAGUGAACUUUUAAACCUGCAAUAAAUGCACCUCGCUUUUAUCAUCCUAGCCCUGGUAGCUAUGAAAGGCUCCCACUGCCAACUUUCAUUAAAUGCUCGAUCACAUCAAAAUAUAUUGCACGUUGCCUUGCUACGUAUUGAUAAAAGAGGUUAACUGCGUUAUCGAAGUGGCACCUUGAAUUUACGGGCGGGAGAGAGAAAAUACUUGCACACCAGAUAUAGCUGGAAGUAUUCUCCCCAACUAUAGGUAGUCCUCAACUUAAGACAGCAGUUGGGGCCAGAAUUUCUGUCCCUAAGCGAUGCAACUGUAAAGUGCCACCACAUCGCUUCGCAAUGGCAAUUGCAAAAUUGCACUCUUGAUUUCCAUUGUUAACUGAAUCCCAGGGUAAUUGGGCAAGGCAACUUCCUGUUGGUUUCCCACAAUCAAAGUCAGUGGGGAAGCUGGCAGGAAGUUGCAGGGUCCAGACAAGUAAAAGGCUGUUGCUGGGAAGAAGGAGGAGCCAAGGAGGGGGGGGCAGUGUCUUGAUGGUGUGGAGGGGUGUGUGAUGAGGUGCAUGAGAAGCGUGGCAUGGGCCAGGAAGGGUAGAUGAUUUGGUGAUGUGAGGAUGUGAAGGG